AUGCCUACGAUCACGCUCUGGUUUCUCCAAGCAUCGCGGUGCAUACGCACCGCAUGGUUAUUGGAGGAACUGGGACUUGACUAUGAUAUCAAGUUCUCCGACAGAGUGAACGGAAAGGCGCCAGAAGACUUCAAAUUUGCGUCGCGUAAUCCUUUGGGAAAAUUCCCCACGCUCCAAGAUGGUACCCUGACUGUUUAUGAAAGCGGAGCAAUCAGCGACUAUCUAUGCGAGACAUACGAUAAGGAGGGUCGUCUUCUACCCCACGAUCCCAAAGAGCGCAUCAAAGUCCGCCAGUGGAUUCACGCUGCAGAAGGCACGUUCUCGCUUCACGCCCUCGCUAUCCUCUAUGCGCGAUCGCACAUCCCCAAAGACGCACCUGAGGGUCUGCUUGAAGCAACCGAGAAGAGCAUGUCGGCUAAUGUGCAGAACGAUAUGUCUUGGCUUGAAACUGAGUUGUCGCUCUCUCCAGGCAAGUUCAUCUGCGGUGAUCAUGUUACCGCAGCGGACGCCAUGAUGCAGUUCACAGCCGAAGUCAUUGUCGCGAGGGAGCUAGGGACGCAGGGCAAGGAGUAUCCGAAUGUUAACAAGUGGUUGGAUGCUUGUAGGGAAACCGAAAGCUACCAACGCGCGUUGAACAAGACUGGACAUAAGCUCUGA